UUGGAAAUCAUAACCUUAAAUCGAAAUAACCUUUUUCUAUUUCUUUGCGCAUGUUUUGAUUAAAUAAAAUAAAUUAUAUUAAAGAUUGCAAUAAAUAAUACCAUGUUUGAUUGAUUUUAUCAACGAGUUUGAUUCCUGAAAGCUAAAAUCAGAAAUGUUCCCUAAGAAAUCCAAGUCUUUCGACUUAAAGCGGAGUCCCGCCGACAAGGGCAAAAACAACAAAUCUUUUGAUUUUAUUUCUUUGUACAAAUCCGCCGCAGGAAAUGGUAACUCGGUGGUUGAUGAGGGUGGCGACGGCAUUGACAAGGAAAAUAGCUUCAGGUCGCAAAAUGACACAUCCCACCUAGGUUCUCCUCUUAAGAAAAAGAAAGUAAAGCAAGAACUUUUAGACAUAUCUAGAAUAAACAUAGACGGACCAGCUGUGGAGCCGAAUUUACCUAAUUCACCCCUCAAUCAGUCUAAAGUUACAUCCACACCGCGCACAUCAAACAAGGACAAAAGCCAAGUGAAGUCUAUUAUGAAAAAUACUUCUUCAGAUGAAGCAGUGGAUAGUUCACAAGUUUAUUAUAAUAAUAAACCAAAAAAACGGAAUAAGUCUGUGAGUUUCAUGCUUGAAGAGAAUGAGGAUGUUGCAACAAAGAAAACUCGUUCUGAAGAAUCCCUAGCUGUAGGCAAAAAAAAGACAAAAGAUCGGUUGAAACCAGUGAAGUCAACAAAAGUAGAUGUCCAGGAGAAAAAACUAAAGAAAUUAAAGAAGCAACAAAACAGAGUUGUUAGUGAAGACUCCUCAAUGGAAACAGAACCUGCUGAAAGGUCCCGGCAAUUGAAUUCUCAAGUCAAUGGUGUUGAUGAAAGUUCUUCAUUCAGUGAGGAAAACAAAAAACAAGAAAAGACUAAAAAGUCAAAGAUUCAUAAGAAUCCGAAAAACACUGACUUUAGUACGGCAUCAACAACAUCAGAAAACAAUAUAAAUGAAGAAAAAAUUGAUGGGAAAAGUAAGAAAUUGAACAAGAAAAAACGUAAGGAAAAACCAACAAAACUGACUGACACUGACGUUGAAGAGCCGGCAGCGAAAUCUCGCAAGAAGGAUGUCAAACCUGAGGUGAUUGCUGAGAAUCUCGAAAAUCUUAGUAUCGGAGACAAUCCGCAUACACUGACGAGUUUGCUUGAUGAAAUGACGGUUGUUGACAAAGAUAGGAAGAAAAAGAGUAAACGCAAGAAAGAUAAGAAUGAUAAACAGACGAGUACGGAGACUGAUAACAGUGAAGGCACCAAAGAGAAGGUGAAAUGGGCAAAGAACUGGAAUAGGGGGAAGAAAACUGCAGCGGAUAAUGUGGCUUCAGUGAUAGUUGAGAAUCUGCCUUUGUCCCUGAUCUGUAAUUAUAAGACCGUCCUAACUGAGCACUUUGAGAAAUGCGGGCCCAUCAAAAGAAUUGGGGUCGCUGAAGCUUAUCCUGAUGAUUCCACAGGUUUCACAACCACUAUACUGUUUGAAAGUGAGGGGGCAGUUACUGAAGCUCUGACAGAAGAUGGCGCUGUGAUCGCCGGCAACAGCAUCCAGGUGAAGCGGCCCCUCCCCCCCACCGAGACCACUGUGGUGGUGCGCUCGUACGCGCCGCUGUCUGACCAGAGUGUGUGUUCAACAUUCAGCGCGCACGGACGCAUUAGAAGCAUCCGUAGACUCGUCAAAGGGAAGAAAUCUAUGGAUACGGUGUUCAUAGAGUUUGAUGGCCCAGAGGCAGUACGGCGAGCCAUCGAGUUGUCUAAAGGCGCUAAGGUGGGCGGCAAGAAAAUACACGUGGCGCAAUUCGAGGUGAGGAAAAAGAAGGUCAAGACAUCAAAGGCGCCGACAAACAAAGCGGACAGCGACGGUGAAGCCGACAGUGAACAUUCUAAUGACUAACACACUAAGAUGUGAACUGGGGGAAAUUCCCGUGGGAAUUUCGGGAAUUUUAAAUCUGAAACUGUUCUUCGAUGUUCAAUCAACAGCAUAUCAAAUUACCCGAAUUCAACGCAAAUUAGCUUUUAUUACCGUGUCAUAGAGUUGCAUGCAGGGUUCAUUGAUAUGCGGUUGACUGUACUAUUUAUAGACUCACGAUAUUGCUAAAAAACUAUCAGAAUUAAACAUAUCAGUGCGUCCGUUCGAAAAUGGAUCUUAAUUCGUAACGGUAAGGCACACAAUCCUUAAACAUUGUGAAUUAGCAGAAUCAUAUGUUAACGUAUAAUGUGCUUAAUUGUAAUAAAUUGGAAUCCAUUUUUGAAUGAUAUAUAUUUUUGAAAUAUACAGCGUGUAACGGAAAUGGGGUAUAAGUGCGGACGUUUUUUUGUUUGAAUUUUACUCUCAUCUGUGAAUCUAGUAUAUAAUUGUAGCUAGUCGAAGUUUGGUCAUUUUGUCUACUUACAGUUCGACGGACUAAUUUUUCGUCAUUGGACGAUUGGAUUAGUCAUCAAUGUGAGAUUCGUCGGCAGAAAAGUAAUACUCUUUUACGUCCAUGAUCGUCAGAACAGUUUCAGACCCCGCAGCGUUUCACGCGCGACGCCGUUUUUAUCGCGCAGAAAACUAUCGCUGUCCCGUUUAACGACAUAAUAACAUCGAGCAUUAAGUCCACCUGUUGUUUAUAUUUUAUGUCUAUAAAGUUUAAAUUAAUAAAAAAGUUGAACAGCGAGAGUUUUCGCGCGAAAAAAACGGAGUCGCGUUUUGUUUCAUAAAUCUAAAUUCAAUUUAUUGUUGUCAUGUUACGGGGACAGAUUUCUGGAAUUCUUGCGUCGAAAACUCACUUUGAUAUUUACAAAUUAAGUAUUUAGGUAUAGUGCGGUCAAAUUAGACAAAAAAGUAAGAGUUAGUAACAAGCUGAAAAUAAGUGAAAUUAACAAAAUAAUUAAAACAUUACAAAAAAUAUAUAUACAAUUUAUCACGUCUAUAUCCCUUGCGGGGUAGACAGAACCAACAGUCUUGAAAGACUGACGGGCCAUGGUCAGCUGUAAAGCUAACUAUAUAUAUAUUCUAUGUAUAAUUACCAAUUUUUAAAACAAUGAUGCAUAUUGUAAGGUAAUCAAUACUUUUCCUAUCGUAUUUUUCCGUUUCUUUCAUAUUUUUCCGUUUUAUUAAUAAAAAACAUGAAAUAUUUCAUUCUUAUCUUUCUUGAAACUUUCUUAAAAAUCUUGUAUAAAUACGAGGGAAUUUGAAAAAAACCGAAAAAUUUGCCGCUUUUUUCGACACUACCGACACAUAUAAUUAUGAUAAAUGUGUUAUCAUUAAAAUAUGUUUUAAAUAAACUUAUUUUCAGCUUGUUGGUAAUGCACAUUAAAAAGCUAGGAAUGUCUAAGAUAGACCUUAUUUCUAAAUUAAAAAAAAUAUUAUUCAAGUUUGGACCCCUUGGUAGGGUUCCCAUCGCGCAGGCAGCGUUCCCGCGCUGUAUUGCAGUAGCAAUACGCUGCGCAAGAGAGCUGCCCGCGCGAGGCGCACCCGUAAUCAUCGAAUAUGCAUGAACAGAGUAAUGAGUGUGGAGGAAGCGGGAGAGGGGGUGUAAGGAUCGUAGCAAGUGGAAUUCCAUAGUCUCUGCCUACCCCAAUGGGAAACAGGCGUGAUGGUAUGUAUGUAUGUAUAAAAUUUGAAAGUAACAAUAAAUAAAAUGUAUAGGUAUGUAUUACAUUUUUAUGCUAUAUAACAAUGA